CGGGGGGGUGGGAAGAUGGCGGAGGCUUCGCCGCAGCCGGGACGGUUCUUCUGCCACUGCUGCUCGGCCGAGAUCGCCCCGCGCCUGCCGGACUACAUUUGCCCACGGUGUGAAUCUGGUUUUAUUGAGGAGCUCCCUGAAGAGCCAAGGAACACAGAGAAUGAGACCAGCUCCUCUACAGCAGCCAGUGAUCAGAGCAGACACCCCUUUGAGAACGUGGAUCAGCACCUGUUCACCUUGCCGCAGGGCUACGGCCAGUUUGCCUUCGGGAUCUUUGACGACAGCUUCGAGUUUCCGUUCGGGUCCAACGUGCAGUCGGAGGAGACCCGGGACUCGGAGGGGCGGCGGGAGCGGGAGCACCAGUCCCGGCACCGCUACGGCGCCCGGCAGCCCCGCGCCCGCCUGGCCACGCGCCGCGCCGGCCGCCACGAGGGGGUUCCCACGCUGGAGGGAAUUAUCCAGCAGCUGGUCAAUGGAAUCAUUGCACCAACAACAAUACCAAACCUGGGGCUCGGUCCUUGGGGCGUCUUGCAUUCGAACCCCAUGGACUAUGCGUGGGGUGCCAACGGCUUGGAUGCAAUUAUCACACAGUUACUAAAUCAGUUUGAAAACACUGGACCGCCGCCAGCAGACAAAGAAAAGAUCCAGGCCCUCCCCACCAUCCAGAUCACACAGGAACACGUAGAUUCUGGGUUAGAGUGUCCUGUGUGUAAAGAGGACUACACAGUCGGGGAGCACGUCCGGCAGUUACCUUGCAAUCACCUGUUCCACAACGGCUGCAUCGUCCCCUGGCUGGAGCAGCAUGACACGUGUCCUGUGUGCCGGAAAAGCUUAAGUGGACAAAACACUGCCACAAACCCCCCGGGACUCACGGGGAUGAACUUCUCAUCGUCCUCCUCCUCCUCUUCCUCCAGCUCACCAAGUAACGAAAACUCAUCGAACAACUCAUGAAAUCUCAGUCCCCCUCCCUCCCUGGGGCCCUGUCCCUUGCCCUUCCUCCCUCCCCAGCCAACGUAAGCAACAAAAGGGGCAUCCAGAGCAGAGCCAGUGAGGGGAGGCAGCACCCCUGGAAUUCCCUUUUGAGUUCUGAAGACACGGAGACUCCAGGUCCUGCAGAGAGGAGAAGCCUCGAGCUCUGUGCUGAGGGAGAGCUCUGUCUGUCACUAACACCCCCUCUGCUGCCUGGACUGUUGCCCGUUGCUGUGACGGCCGCUGCGCCCGCAGCGGGACCGAGGUGCUGAGCCAGUGGUUGUCAUUUGGAAUGGAAAGGUUGUUUGUAUGGUUUUGGAUUUGAGGUUCCUUUUCUCUCUUUUGCUCCUCCUCCUCCCCUUGGAUGCUGUCUCUUCUGCUUUGGAGAUUGAAGUUUUUAAGAUGAUCCUGCCUCCCUCCUGGGAUCUCCAGCUGGGGAGGGCCAAUAGUUGUCACUGAAAAAGGAACUCUGGACAUAGACCCCGUUAUCCUUCCCUUGCUCAUCUCGACUCCUGUUUAGUUUUCUUUAUAACCCUGCCCUUCUGCCACUCAACACUGAAAGGGUUUUUAUAAUUUUAAAUUAUUACUGCUGUUAAAUAAAUGGAUGUUACAGCCCAGCGA